CCGCCAGCCUCACAUCAAAAUGGCCGCAUUUUAGUCUACAGAGUACUUUUCUUUACUGUUUGCCAAUAGCCGUGCCGAGGGCCUGGCGGUGUUCUCAUAUAACUGUCGUGACCGAUCUGUUUCGCCGGAAAUUUCGCUGCGUCCUGCAUCGCGCCCUAAAUUUUCGUGAAAUAGAACGAGCGUAAUAGGAUUUUUCUGUGUAUUUUUUCAUAAGAUGUUACGUCAUCAACAUCACGCAAUGCAGAAUCAACUACGGGAUCAUAAUAGAAUGGCAGGAUCGAUGCGGCCUAUGCAGCAGGCUAACAUGACCCAGUUACAUCAGCCGCAGCAUCUGCUGCCGCAUCGAAAUCCUCAUCAACCGAUACUGUCCAUGCCCCCCCAUCAACAGCAUAUGCAUCACAUGCAGCACCCUGGCCCGCCGCAUGGAAAUCCGAGGCAGCCGAUGUUGAUGGGUAUGAAUACGCACAAUACAAACAAUACUAUGGUUAGCGUUAGCAUGAAGGACCAAACAAAUACAGUUUCUGUGACUCUUCAAAAUGUACAACAACCUCAGUAUCAACACCAGCAGUCGCAACAACAGCAGCAGCAAUCGAAUAACCAACAGAAUCAGUCUGUCCAACAGCCACAACCGCAGCAGCAAGUGCAACAAUCACAGCAGCAGCAACAACAGCCGCAACACAUGCCGCAGCAAUCGAACAUAGAACAAUCAAAGGCGAUAACAAAUGACAGCAAUGGAGAGUCCAGAGACGAUAAUUCGUCCAAUCAGAAUCAUGCCAACGCGACUAAUCCAGCCUUGGCAAACAUGAAAGAAAAAACACCCAUGUGCUUGUUGAAUGAGUUAGCCAGAUUCAAUAGGAUUCAACAUCAGUAUAGGUUGACCAACGAGCAGGGACCGGCGCACAAGAAGAGAUUCACAGUGACAUUGAAACUCGGCGAGGAGGAAUACGUCGCGGAAGGUCCUAGCAUAAAGAAGGCUCAACACAGCGCGGCGACCGAGGCCUUAACAAAAACGUGGUAUCGUCAACCUCCGCCUAAACCCACCAAGGCCAUGAGAAUCGGCCAUCUGGGCAAAUGCCCGACAGGUUCUGGACAUUUACCACCAACCGUUGAACUGAACGCUCUAGCAAUGAAACGAGGUGAACCAACUGUUUAUACGUUCCGACAAGCUCCGCCGGCUACAUUACAGCAUCAAUUUAUGCCGCCCAAUUUUAAUAACUUCCCGCGAAUGUACAAUCCUCGAAUCCCAUACAAUCGCGGAGUUCACACGGAUCUUCAAGGAUUGUAUCUCGUUACGCUCAAGGUUGGUGAACGCGAAUUUACGGGUAGAGGUCUGACAGGCCAAGCGGCACGUCACGAUGCGGCCAGUAGAGCUUUGGAACAACUGCGACAAUUGCCUUUACCGGAAGAAAUCACAAGCGUCAGCAACACUAAUGAGAAUGGUACGCUGAACGGUAUCGAUGAUCCAAACGCCGAGUUGAAAAGUCCGGUGUCACUAGUUCACGAAACCGCUCUGAAACGUGGAUUAUCAGUCAGCUUCGAAGUUGUAUCUGAGAGUGGUAAACCUCACAUAAGAACUUUCAUGACGAAAUGCACCGUUGGUGACAAAGUCACUGUGGGAGAAGGAUCCUCAAAAAAAGUGUCGAAGAAACGCGCUGCCGAGUUGAUGUUAGAAGAAUUGAAACGUCUUCCUCCUUUACCGGCUACAAUACAGAAUCGAUCGAUGCGAGUAAAACGUAAGCCACCAGCAACGAAAAAGAAAUCGCGUAAUUUAAUCAAGGUUUACCAGGAGCCCCGUUCAGAGAGUGAAGCCGCUGAGGAAGUCAAUCCGGUCUCCCGGCUAGUUCAAAUUCAGCAGGCGAAACGUGAAAGAGAACCGGUCUACAAUCUGAUAGACGAGAAGGGCGCGCCAAGACGCAGAGAGUUUGUCAUGGAAGUGACGAUGGGUCAACACUCCGCGCAGGGAAUUGGACCUAAUAAGAAAUUAGCUAAAAGAGCCGCAGCUGAGGCUCUCUUGGCGCAAUUAGGAUAUAGCAAACCGUCGCCACAACCCGCGAAACCAUCUAUAAAGACGGGAGAAAGCGAGAACACGGAGUCAAAACCCAGAAAAGUGACGUUUCUCGAAGACGAACAAGUGAAUGACACUCAACCUCACUCGGUAGGAGGUACCAUAGGCCGCCAAUUAGUACCUGGUCUUUUAUUGGUGGACGGAGGUCAAGAAUCUAAAUUGGGAAAUGGACCCAGUGUACAAAUAGUUGCUGAAGAAUUGCGUGGACAACAACAGAAUGCGGCUGGUGUUUCGCCCAAAGAUCAAUUACAUUAUUUAGCUCAGUUAUUUAAUUUUACCGUAGAAUUCAGCGAUUUUCCCAAGGGAGUAUCCAUAAACAAGGAAUAUUUAUCACUUGUGUCACUAAGUACUGAUCCACCACAAGUUUGUCACGGUAAUGGGGCGACAAUAGCCGCGAGCCGCAAUCAGGCGGCGCUAAGGGCACUCCGUACCCUCAGUAAAUUAGGACUUGACAAUGCCUCGAACGCAGCGCAAGUGAAGAAAGACAAAGGUGCGUCUGGUGAUGGAAUACACAUUAGCAUUCAAGUUAAAAAUAACAUGGAUGGAGCUAUUGAUAAGUAACCAAAUAGCUUAAGACUUAUAUAUGAUGUUGAGUUAUAUUUCUGCUUCUUUAAGACAUUGCAGAAGAAAGUUAACUAUCAUAGUUAUAAAAAUCUCCACAAAAUUGAUGUUUGAUAUUCUUCAUUCAUUGCUUUCAUUACCAUUCUUCAUUCAUUUUCAUUUGCAGAAAAUAUAUUGUUGCUUCAUCUAGAUUUUUAUCCAUUCUUGUGGAAGCUUUGUUUUUUAUAUUGAAUCUUUCUAUAUUACCCUGUAUAAUAAUAUGAUUGUAAUUGUAAAAAUGCGUUUAUCUACUAGAAAAAGUUGGUUAAAGAUUUAAAGCACAUUGCAUGAUUUAGAUAUUUUUAUUUUAUGUAUUUAUAUGGCUGGAUUGCUUAUUUUUCAUAUUGCUGAGUACUAUAAAAAAUCGAACAGAAACAAAUUUUAAUCAAUUUAUAUACAAUUAUCUGUAAAUUAAUUAUCAGCAUGUAUUAUAUUAUGUAAAACUUCUGUUCUAAUCUUUUGCAGUGUCUUAAUUACAUUGAAAUGCCGUUCAAGCACCAAUAAGCGAGUAUUUAAUAAUAAUGCAAGAAUUCUUUUAUUUUUAAUGUAUAAGAAUGUCUGAUUAGUUACAGUAGGCGAAGCCAAAAGAACAUCUGUGACUAUCAGAAAUAUUAUUAUAGAAAAUAUUAGUGUGUUGAAUGAUACGUAUAUUACAAUGACUCUUGCAAAAUUAAUAGUACUUUGGAAUCAUAAGAAAUAUUAUUGGUGCUUGAUCACACAUGAUUGCGAUCCUAGCAGUGACAGCUAUAACUGCUAUAUUUAUUGUAACAUUUUCAUUGACAGGAUCACAAUUGCGAUAUACUUAUCUAUGAUAAUUCAAAAUGGUCAUUUUCCAGUCUUGGUCUAUGAUCAUAUGAACACUGUAGAGAAACGAAGUCACACGACCUGGAGAUGAAAUGCGACCAUCUCUUAAUUUCUCAAUCAAAUUCCUCGGCUUUCUCAUUAUCAUGAAUAAAGAGAGCUAUGUCUUGUUACCUAAUACACAAAUUAACAAUCGUAACAAUGUUUUUUUUUUCUUUUUUUUAUAUUUCUAUCCUCAAUUAUCCGGAAUUGCUUAUUUUAUGGUGUAUGUUUUUUUUGUUUUAUCGAACAAAACAAAUUAAAACCUUAUUCAGUCGCAUACGAAAAUUAUACAUAAAAUCAUGUCUUUUUCCAGAGCAAACUCUGGCUACGUGUGCCAGAGACAUGUGCUGAUUAAACAUUUUAAUGAAAUAUUAAGUAUCUAAACUUUAAAUUGGUAAAACAUAGGUAAUGGGAUAUAUACUGUCCCUAUGCCCCAAUUUGCUUUUCUAUAGGGGCCAGAAGCAUCCUGGGGUUAUAUAUUCAUGUAUCACGAAAUAUUGAGAAGUGAAGAGAAUAGAAAUUUUCCAUGCAUCUACCAUUCAGAGAUAGAAAAUAAUGAUAGGCUGCAUCGGAAAUUUCGGAGAACGUAAAAAGAUAAUAAUUAAAAAUUUGUCCCGUUGCGUCAAGACCAUUACAAAAUUGUUUUAAUCUCGCUAAGAAACAAUCCGAAAAACAGCUGUGAAUUUUGUCUGGUUGAGAAACAAAGGGAAUAAAGAAAUUUCCAUACACAUUUAUCGUUCGCAGAUAAAUAGUAAUGAUAAACUGUAUAGGAAAUUUCAUCGAAUCUAAGGAGAAAAAAAAAAGAGGAGAUAAUCCAAAACUUGUCCCGUUACGCAUCAGGAUUAUAUUACAAAAUUAUUUUAAUUUUGCUAAGAAAUAAUCCUGAAACAAUGGCAAAUUUUGCGUUAUUGCCGAGUAAAAGCAGUAAAGUGGAAGAAACUUAAUGAAUGAAGAUAAACAUUGAGAAACGGUACAAACUUUGAAUAUUCGUGUAAUUUUUACUUAAGUUCCGUAUAUUCAAAAUUAAGUUUUCUAUAUUUUGCGCAAAAUACAAACGCUGCCUUUUGCUAUUUUGACGAUGUAAUGAUGCAGAGUUUUGUACCGGCGUUCUCAAUCGAGUAACUGCUGUCUUCUAUUCAUUAUUCGUAUUAAAUUGGAUUUAUUGAACAAGAAAUACAAGCGGCUAAGUAAAUUGUAUUAUUGUUCAUUAAAUUCGUACGCUAUUCGUAAUGCCCGAUGUUCGGUAUAUUGAGAAUUUGUAACAAGUGUUUUUGCGACGAUUGACCUACCGAAAUUAACGCGAGUUACAUUCGAUCAAUUCGAAGAUAAUUUAAAAGACAUUCGCUGAAAAUUAUUUAUUGAUUUUUCGAGAUGCUAGUUGGAUUUUUGUCUGAUCGCUUUUAUAAGUGGGCCUUUCUUGUUCAUGUCACGAUUCAGUAUUACGAGACACAGUGGUAGAUUCCAUUAUGUAUAAUUUUUCGAGAGAGACAAACAGAAAGAGAGGAGAAUUGAAUAACUUGCGUCAUGUACGCUGCAAGAAGAACAAUUUUAUGCAUAUAAACUGUAAUAACAUAUAGUUAAUAUUAAUGAUAGAUAAGCGAAUAAGGUAUCAAUUUACCGAGGUACCGGAAAAGGGAAUCAACACUUUAAGGAGAACCCGCUAAUACUAAGAAAUCAACUUAGCAUACUGUCGGGCUUGAUUCGUAAAGUGUUAAAGAAAUACUAGCCGAUGCAUCGAUAUUGGCUAGAAGAAGGAGAAGAAUAAUUGUGGAACAUAAGUUUUAUGGAUGAUCCAUACUGCGUUCUGUAAUUUCAUUUCAAUACAGUCACACAUACAUAAAUGCUGCGAAACAUUUGCUUACUAUUGAUUAGAAAACUAUUUUUUUUUAAAUUACUAUCACUUUGGUAAAAUAUGUUGUAUUCUCGCAAUUUUUCACUUAGUUGACUGGAUGAAUACCGAGCGCAAAAUAAAAGAAGUAUACUCGAUACCAUAAUAUAGUUUAAUUAUGUUAGAUUUAUAUCUAAGUGAUUUGAGUUUCGUAUACUGUAACAAAAUACAGUUACAUAAUGCGAGUUUUCAACAGCCUACAUAUUGAAAAUAAUUGCUUCUUGAAUACGUAAGUCGUAAGAGUCGAAAAGAUUCUUCAUACCGACAAAGCUUUAAUUGCAUUUCGAAAAUGAAUUAUACGAUGUAUAGGAAUCUACUGCUUUUCUUCAUCAGCAUCAGUUUGUAUUUGACGUUGAUAAACAAUUGUAGAAAGGUUUCACAUAUAUGUAUAUGGCCUUUUUACUAUGCGUUUCAAAUAUACGCAUGACAAGGUGGCACACGAA